GACGAUCUCCUUUGAUUUCAUGUGUUUUGGCCUCCACUUGCGCUAGUUUUUUGAUUCUAGGGUUUUGAAUAUAUGCUGGUGGUCGUGGAGUAUCCCUAUUUUCUGCUGUUCAGUAACCCUAUGUGAAAACAGCAAUUUCGAAGCAGACCGCAAAUUUCAAUGUUGAAUCAUAUUUUCACCAGCCUUCGAUAACAUGGACCAUUUCAACUUUAAUGAUGAAAAGGCAGAGAGCAGAUUGUAUGUUGGUAACCUUGAUCUCAGGAUAACAGAGGCAGCUCUAAUCAAGAUGUUUUCUCCAUUUGGAAAAAUUGUAUCCGAAGACUACCUAUGGCAUACUCGUGGCCCUAAGCGCGGAGAGCCACGUGGUUAUGCUUUCAUCCAGUUCAGCUCUACAGAGGAAGCUAUUCGGGCCAAGGAGAAGAUGCAUGGAAGAAUGGCUUGUGGACGCCCAUUAGUUGUUCGUCUUGCCAGUGAGAAAUACCCCAUAGAUGGUGCAGUUAAUCAUUCCAAGACCAGUGAAGGGAGCAGGUCCCUUGUCUCUGGCGGUAGUGGCGGACAAACUAGCCGGAGUGCUAAGAUAGCCGCGAUCAAGAACAAACUGAAAGCGAUUGAUGAAGAAGGCCAUAGCACCUCAAAAAAGCAGAAGCAAAGCGAUGAGCAUUGCAUCAGUCUCGAGAAGCCUCAUCAAAGAUGAAGCCUUUUUGUUACUAUCGUUUUCGGGAGCAAGACGCAGCGGUUUCUGUAUUGUCUCUACUGUAAUUUUGUUGCGACUUGCAAUGAAGACACCGACUUCAUUAUCUGA